CAUUCAGCAGUGCGACCUGGGCCCAGCCUGAGCUCAGGUGACGUCUGUCCUCUCCGCUCGUCAGGUGCCGUCACGGGUGCUGCACCCCUUCGCGGCGUGAUUUUCAGAGCGGCGCAGUUUCUGUCUCGAGACGUUCCGAAAAAUUACUCGGCUUUAAAUUAGUCCGUGUGUGACCCACUAAUUAUUGCUAAUUCUCAAAACGGUGCACCUUGCGGGUCGGUCAGUAGUGCUCUAUGGAUUUGGUCUAAACCUUUAAAGGAUACAUCGACAAUCUCAAAGGAGGAGGACACAAUGCAGACUAAAAAUGUUAACCAGGUUCCUCUAAAUAAUGCUGUAGUUGUACCAGAGAAAAAUCACCACAAUCAACAUCAUCAUCACCACCACCACCACCAUCAUCAUCAAACCCCAGUGAAGGAAGUGCACCAAAGUUCCCCAGUGACUUCCCAGCAUGUCAUCAUCAGCCCUGUUGCACCUUCUCUAUAUUCCUCAGUGAGCCAGCCGUUGUACCUUCAGACGCCCGCUCCGCCGCUGCCCCCUCGCGUGCCGCCUACGAAGCAGCAGGGCCUCCUGAUUGUGGCCCCCAGCGCUGGCCAGAGCGCAGGCGCCGCGAACCUGAGCCAGGGCGGCUCAUCAGCAGCCGCAGUCUCAGGCGUAGACUUGGACGGCUAUGGGCCCUACAAGCCAGUGCCGCCUCCGAAGCCGCUGCCUCCGACCGGCUUCCAGCCGCCUCCCUAUCGCAUGCCACCUCAACACCCUGAGCAACACGAAUUGCCAGGCGCAAUGAUGCAGCCAGAGCAGACCCACGGGCCUGCUGCCCUUCAAACUCACUCCAACAAAUUUCCCAUUGAGCGCGAGGUGAUUGUGACGAGCAGCGUUGAGAAGAGUUCGAGCACCUUCAAGGCGCGCAUCCUGCCCGAGUUCCGCGGCCAGUCGGGGCCCACGACGUCCCGCCUGCAGCCGGUGCACUCGCCCCGAGGUCAGCACAGACCACCGCCGGGGGCCAUCGCCCCAGACGCUCCCACCAGACAUCUCGCGUGGACGCCUGACUCCGUUCCAAAGAGGGUGAGUUGCGACGCUGAGCAACUUCUACUGUCCCGAGGCGUCACCGAGGACGAAAUCAACCGUCAGCGCCAACUUUACAAGGCGCACACCAUGCAUGACGUUUCUCGAGGACCCCCGCAAGACCCCUACGGACUGUACGUACGCAGCCCCUACCACCCCAGCGGUCCAGAAAACCCCUACAUGUACCGGCAAGCAGAGGGUGUCAACCCCAGAGGACCUGAAGGGGUUCCUCGGAUGCAGGAGGCGAGCAGUUCUGGGCAGAGGGCACCGGAAAUGGUGCCUGGCGUCGUUUUCUCCACUCCGACGCCGCGACCGAGACCUCAACCUGAGCAAGAGCCGCCCCAUCACAGACCUCCGCCGCCUCCAACCACCGAGAGCCCAAAGAAAUUCCCGGCCAAAACGUACCACACCAUCAAGGACAUGAUCUCGACGCGUUUUGGCGCCAAAGAGGCACCAAAGGAGGAUGACGGAGGUUUCAGCAGACCGGCCGCCGAGGGCAAGAGCGACGAGCCCAUUUACCAUCACCAGGGUGUGUACACGGCGCACAGAUUGAAAGCCAGGGAGGCUGGAGAUGGGGGCGGAAGGGCCUCGGCGGGAAGUUCGGACUACGAGAAACACAGCAGCGCAGGAGGAGAUUCGGGAAGAGGGCCAUCAGCUAAAGACACAAGUACUGAAUCGAGCUGCAGCCCUCAAAGCAGGCAGGACAUUCAAAAUGGAGAAUCAGAAUGGGUUGACAUGGUUGAAAGUGAGCUUCGACAAAUUCUUGACCCAAGGACAAUGCACACCAUGCCUCCUACAGCAGCUCCUCGGAUGGGCGCCAACUCCAAUCUGAGUGAGAGCGUGGGCUCAAUGACUCCCCCUCUGCCUCCACUCAGCCCCUCAGGGUCUCCCUGUGCCUCUCCGAAAGCAAACAGAAACUACAAAAGCCAACCAAAUCAAAGCAUAAGCCAAAGUGCAAAUAAAAGUGCAGCCAAGGCUAGCGGCAGCAAAAACACCCCUGCCCCUAGGGCGAAUCCUACGCCGAAUGGACCUCAAAGGGGCUGGAAUAGGCCAAAAUCUAUGCCAAUGUCUCCCAUGGAGAAGGGUGGCAGAAGUGCAAAGAAGGAGAUGGCGGCCCCAAAUAAAAAUAGUUCAAAGAUUGUUAUGAGUCCACUUCACACCUUUGGGCCUCCAGACAGUACUGCUGACAUGACAUCAACGACAACUGGACUUGACCUGGACUCUGUCCUGGACGGCCAGACUGAAAACACAAGUGACGAUGAUGACGACGAAGAGGAUGAGGAUGACAUUAGCACCACGGUGGACACAACUGACGCUCAGGCCAUCCGCAGACAGUUAGAGGGUCUUGAGAACAUGUACUCGGAAGUGCUGAAGAUGCUCGGAGUGAAAAAGUACACAGGUGGAGGCGGCAGGUACGUGGCAGACACACGGCCCAACCGACGCAGACUCUACGGCUCAAUGUCCUCGUUGCCCUCGUCAGUAAGCAGCCGACCGGUUCGAGAACGCAGAGGGCGGCAAGAGGAACGCAAGAAGGUCAAAGACAUCAAGGGAAUCAAUAAGCGCUUCCAAAGGUUAGAAUCGCACGUGGUUACAUUGGCAAGAAGCGUUGCUCACCUUUCUUCGGAAAUGAGGACACAACACCUAAUGCUACAGGAAAUUGAGAACAUUCGAGAAGAAGUGGCAAACUUACGCGCCACUCAACCAUCCUUGCGAGCUCAUUCCGCCCCAAGGAUCACCUCCCUUAAGAACUACGAGCCCUCAAAUCCACUUGGGACCAACACAAGGAUAAAAAAGCUCACCAAAUUCUUCGGCGAUGAACCGCCUUUGCUCAGAUUGUUCCUCCGGAAACUUGGCUAUGAGAAAUAUGCAACAAACUUUGAGUCAGAGAAAGUGGGUCUGAUGGAGCUGCCUUAUGUGAGUGAGGAGCGCCUGCAGAAGAUGGGCAUCCCUCUUGGACCUCGACUUCGAAUCCUCCAAGAGGCGCAAGUGGCCGCGAAUGCGUGCGCCAAUCAAGACUCUACCUUCAGCGUGUAUGUCGUGUGAAAUUCAGUGCUCAAAAGACAAAAAGUGUGUAAGUAAAGCGCAGCGUUUGAACUUCUAAGGUUUCAACACAACGAAAUAUAUGAAACCCCAUUUAAAUAUAAGUCCGGGCUCCUCGACCCCCGUCUACUUGUUUUAGACAGGGUGGGAAAUUGAAGGAGCCCUUGGCAACCAAAGCACCAAAUGAAUACCUUGUACAGACAAAUUAGUGCUCAUUUUUUAAAUAUUUAAAAUUUACAUAUUGCAAAAGUUGGAAUUACCUAAAUAAAAUUAUUUCAGAAUUAUAUUAUUUUAAUUCAUAA